AUGUUUCAAAUAUUAUUGAAAUAUUUACUCAUUCGGAAGUUGUCAAUUGCUCAAUCGUGUCAGUUUUAUUUUACUUCCGGUAAAUGUUUUGCCGCAGAUAAUAUGGAACCACCGGAUGUGCUCACACCAAAAGAGAUUGAUCGAUAUGAACAAAGUUUAUACUCAUCCAAAAACCCGUAUUCCCAUCCACCACGUGUAAUCCGUGAAAAUGCCAUUGCCAGAAUAUCGGAACAACACCAGUUGAAUGCUUUGGCCAUGCAGUGGUACAAGCACAUGCCAAUCCCACUACACAUUUGGCACAGACGAGCGUGGCAGAGUAAGCGUGCCGCGAAUGGGAUUGUUAUGCCUGAUGAUAGAACAGAAAGGAAGCUCCGGAGUUCUGUGCAUCAGCCAGUCAAAACGGCCUUUGUAGAGAAGCAUCAUCAGCGUAAGUCCAGAGACAGAUUAGCUCGAUCACACGUGGGACAGACAAAGUCUCGAUCGACUAGGGAUGAAAAAAAACAGCAACAGCAAAUGAGCUCGCCUCAAACAGUGAUUACAGUUCAUCGGGUUCUUAUACGUCCUUCGGUGAUUGCGCUGGAAAACGGUGGACUGCAUGCUCGACUGCGGUACAUUAUUCAGCUGCAUCGAAAACUGACGGGAUUUUACCGCCUGAAAAUCGAGGCGAGAAUUGAUCCGGAUUAUCCACCAAUUUACGUUGGGAAUAUACAAAACGUCUGCGCGCACUGGCCUGCCAAUCUUCCCAGAACCAGCUGUUCUUUGAACAAAUCCCGAUUCUAUCAGAAAGGUCAGAUUUGUUUUUGCCACAUGCCACCCGGAAUCUAUCGGCAGCGCCUCCGAUUAAAUUUAACCAACAUUCUUGACGGCCUGGAAGUUCCAAGGUUUCUGGUGAAUUUCUUGUUCAAUGGUAAGGAGAUGAAUAUACACUUAUCCCUCAAAUUGGAAGAUGAAAACGAUCAAAUGGCCGGCUGUCUUAGUCUGACACUGCCACUUCUCCUCAAAUCCGCAUGA